GGUUUAUUUAGCUGUUGUUAAUGGAUUUCAAGCAAGAUCUGUUUUUAAAACCAUAAUUUCAUCUCUAGUUUUUGUUGUAGUUAAGAUUUGGCACUUGGACGUACAUACUUUGCAACAUAUUGUUCCAAAAAUGAUUAAGACCGAUGACAAAACCUCACAAAGGUCUUUGCAUAACAUUGUUAUAAAUGUUCUGUUUGUUACUUCUAUACCAGCUACACUAUAUAUUUUAUAUUUAACUGAUAUACGAAACACCAGAAAAUGCUUGACUAGCGAACGAUUGAGUCUAGUGGAUUGGAAAUGAAUGAACAAGCGUCUUACCAACCUCUACCAAGUGCAGCCUCAACACUGAUUAUUUCUUAAAAUGGAAUCAUGUAAAGUAAAAUAAUACAAGUAGGAUGAAUAUUAUCCCUGGUUCAUCGGACAAUAUUGUAUAGUAAUAACUUAAUUGUGAUUUGAUAAAUUGAGAACAUUGACCGUCUUCGCCGGCAAUUUCAUCCAACUAGAUAUCUAGAGGAGUAUUUUAAAAUGUUUAGUCUUGGCCUCUCGGUGAUGCGAUAUGCACAUACGAGGUGCGCGCAAUAUCUGUAUGCCGAGUGUUUCAAAAAUAACACAAAAGUUUCUAUAAAUAUCCAAAGUCCAAAGAUGUUCCCCUACAGCAAUACAGAGUGAUGAAGUUUUAUUAUUGAAAUUGAAAAAAAGUAUAUCUACGUAGCGGGUAAAAACACUGAGUUGAAAUUGCAGACGUUCAGUGAGCACAUCAUAAGUAUGCAGAGUUUGCCGCCCCAAACUAAACCAAGUACGUAGAAGCUGGGGUAACUGGACCUGGAAAUAUUUUCUACGCCACUGGCAUUUUGGGAGAAAAUAAGUGUUUUAAAAUACAAUUCAAUCUUUCAUACAUUUUUUCCGUAGAGAUAUUUUGUCAGAACACUCGUUUUGAGAAUAUUUUGGUUUGAAUUAUAUGCGCCUCUUAUCCUCAAUCAUAUUUUAGGAUUUUACCUCAAAUAUUUAAACCUAAAUAUCCCCAAAACGAGUGAUGUGACAAAAAUUCCUUGCUGAACAAAAUUUAUGGAAAAUUGAAUGAUAUUUUUUAAGAUGCAUUUUUUCUCCCAAAAGGCCAGUGGCAUGGAAAAUAUUUCCUACUAGGGGUCCAGGUACCCCAGUUUCUACGUUCUUGGUUUAGUUUGGGAAACUCUGUGUUUAUUGCUUAUGAUGCUCACUGAACGACUGAAAUUUCAACUCGGUAUCUUUACCUGCUCCGUUGAUAUUAUUUUUGAAAGAUUUUGUAAGUAAAACACACGUAUCUCUGUAGGAGAGAAUCUUUAGUCCCAUAUUUAUAGAAUUUGUUUUGUUGUUUUUGGGUGUAAUUUCUACCCUAGACAUAUUGGCACGUCUUUUUGAAGUGCCUUGAGCAUUAUUCUUGGAGUGUAAUUUAAUGUUGUUACAUGAUUUUGUGGAGUAAUAUUAUAUAGUAUAACUAUUUACCCG